CGUUUCAGUCGUUCGCGGAAAGAUUAACCACCCUAAUGGCCCGUCCCGGCCAGGACAAUGUGCCGCGAGAUGAUGUGCCGUGGCAUCUGAAGUACGGUGGACGGGCGGCGGGAAUCGUCGGUGGAUUCUUUGCCGUUCUGUUCGGGCUGUACAACUGCAUCGGUAUAUUGCUGGGCGAUGUUGGCUGUUUGGUCGGUGGCAUUCUCCAGAUAUUGGCCGGGUUUGUCGUGCUAGCAAUAGAGGCACCAUGUUGUUUCAUAUUCAUAGACUUUGUGCAGCAGACGGCAGAGAAGGCAGACCAGCGACCGUACUGGAACCGGGCAGCUCUCUACUGUUUAAUUGCUAUUCCACCGGUAGUCCUGUGUUUAGGACUGGGUAGCCUGUUCGGUUGUGGGCUGAUAUUUGUUACCGGCAUGCUGUACGGUAUGAUGGCGCUUGGCAAAAAAGGAUCGCGCGAGGAUAUGGCGGCGAUGGCCUCCCCGAACGCAAUGUCUCCGGUGCAGGGCGUACCGUCAACGGACCAACACUCCACCCUGAUGGAGGAUCCCGAUAGCGUCGUUAGAGGACAUGCGAGCAGCGGCAACAACGUCGGCGGGAGCCAGCUCGUCCGCUGAGCAGGGCAACAACGGUAUGUCGUCGGUCGAUGUAGUCGGUGGCGGUGGUACGACGACCAAGCAGAACUCCACGCUAGUGUAUAAUGUCCAACCGAUCUCUUACAGCUCACCGCCCCCAUACGAUAGUGUAGC